AAUUAGCGUUCCAUACUCAUCAACGUUGCGAAAUGGGUCGAGACGAAGGCAAACAUGUGCGCCAGAAAAAGGCAGCAAGAAAACGUAAACAUGAAGCAAAAAUGGAUGAAAGUGAGGAUGAUGAAGAGACCGGUACCAUGGAAACUGAUGGCAAAAAGAUUAGAACAACAUUUGAUCCUGCCAAUUUCAUCAGCCAGUUGAAAAAAGACGGUGUCUUACUCACAGAAGUUCUAGGAAACUUCUGUGCCUGUGCCAAGGCGUUUACAUGUGGUGAUGGCAACAUUGACGCAGUUCAGGAAUACCUUCAGCAUUCUCCACAGUGUGCAGAGAUCACAGAGCUACUGAGCUCGGACAAGAGGCCCAAUUCUGAGCUUCAACUCAUCUUCAACUGUCUGACCUCCAUCAUCCUCCGACUUGCUGAUGAUCUCCAUCACUUCCGCUCCCUCUUCCUCCCGUCCCUACACAUCCUCCUACGCAUGCACAUGCGUCAUGUAUACCGCGCCCUCAAUCCAAAGAACACGGCCAAGGUCAUCAUGGCAGCUCUCCGCUUUCUGACCGCGAUUGUCGCGUUGGAUACGUCAUCGGCUCAUGAGGUUUUGAACCUGUUCAAGUUCGAUCAUGGAUCCCUGAUUCCUUUGUUUCACAGACGAAACAGUAAGGCAGAGGAAGAUGUCAGAAUGUGUUUCAUGAGGUUUGCCAUUGCUUUUCUAGUUUCUGGUGACCAACACACUACUACACAGUUCUUAGCCAACAAAGAUUUCCUGAAGGGUUUCUUCAAAGGCUUGGUGGAGGAUAGAGCAUCCACUCUCCAAGUCUUCCUCAAUGCUGUACAGGAGCAUCUUGUAUGUACUCUUGCUGUAACAAAGACCCAGAAACUACCAGUGUUGAAUGAGUUCACCCUCUUUCAGAUAGCGCACCUCUACGGUCGGUGGAAAGGACAGUACGACAUACAGGAUGAUCAGGUCGAGGCUGCAGAGGAUCCUGAGAAAGCCGGCCAAGAAGCUGUGAGACAGAUGGCCCACUCCUUCCUAAUAGAAGUCACUACCUCCACCAAGCAUGGCAUCAACUUCCUGGACAAAUCAAUAGGAAUUGGUGGAAAGAAUCUCAACAGCGCCCUCUUGAAGUUCCUUCAGAUGCUGAAGACUGCAACCACUGAUGACCUUGUGGCUGACCUAGUGGUCCAGAUCUUGAAGACCUGUCCAGACCUGCUGCCCAAGUACCUCUCCUCCUGUCCAUUCUCCUUCACACCAAGAGCCUCGUCAUCGUGGCUGGCCAAUAUGAGCUUCAUUGAGAAGAUAUAUGAUGGUCAGCCUAACGUUAGUCCAGCCUUUACCAGGUCAGAUAAAGUGGGUGUGUCCAAGCUGGUCUCCAUGGUGAUGGUGACUACAGUACCUGAUGUUACCAAUCAUGCAUUCCUACUACAAUGCAUUAAGCACCAGAGCCCAGUGGUGUGUCUGACCGGCUUACAGCUCAUUGACAGAGUGAUGCAGAAAGCAAGAGGGAACAUGGAGCACAGCAGAAAGGCAGAUGCACUGCUAUCCUCCACAGAGAAGAAAAUAUUUGCAAAGCAGUAUCAGGAAACACUCUUGAAGCUUCUACCUGAUGUAGACACCUUGCUUUCAUGCUGGGAGAGGUAUCUCAUCAGAAUGAAAGAGGGCAGCAGACAAACUUCAGAGAAGAUGGUGUCAGAUCAGACACAAGCACAAGCAGGGGAUCAAGACAUUUCCACAGGAUUACAGCAACCUGAACCAGCAGAGAUUCUCAUACACAUCAUGAGAAUCCUGACUUCAUACACCGACGUUCUCCCAACGGCCUUUCUUCAAACAUCAUUUGACUUCAGCAGACUCCUCCAUGGAAUAUUCCACUCAGAUCACAUUAAUACUGAAGAGGUCAGCAUUACAUCUACCCAGCAUGCCUUGCAGCUUCAGUACGAGACCAUGAAACUCUUGAUGGGUUUCGAUGUCGGCCGCUUCCGUUGGUUUAAAGAGGUCAAAGGUGAAGGGUCAGCCAUGAGUCAGCUGCUGACUGUAUUGAUGACCUCCUCUGAUCCCAAACUCAUCCACGUAUCCAAGCAACUCAUCUGCCAAGUCCUGAAGCACACUGGUCAGUUUGAUCAAUGCCCUGACGAACCAAUAAUCUGGCUUGAUGCCUUCUCCGCUCCGACCUCUGCGACCCAUGACCCCAAGGUCGUGGCCGGCUUCCUGCAGCGCCUCCUGAGCAAGGUGGUGAGGAACCCGUACCCUCUCAAUGAUCGCAUCAUGGAGGCUGUCGCUGAGAUGGAGAAUGAGGAGGAGGAUGAGAGGAUGGAUGAUGAGGAGGAUGAUUCUAGGAGUGUGUCUGAAGCUGGAAUUGCAGCUAUCCUUGAUAUGGAUGACAUACCAAUAGUCGCUGCAAGUCAAGAUGACGUUGUCGACCGAACUGACCAAUCACAGCAGGAAGAGAUGAACCCUGACCUGGGUCAAUCAAGGUCAUUGCCAUGCAGUGCUCUAGUACCAGCAGCAUUGGAAGAGUUCAGCAUUAUAAAAGACUGUGAGAAAGUUGCUGACUACCUCUCCCAAGUACUCACAUCUAUCCUCAACACACAGCACGAUCCAGGAGUCAUCUGCAGCCUGCUACACCAAUCCCAUCAGAACCAGACUAAACCGGUCACAUCCAGCUGGAACUGCCUGCUGUCCUACUGCAAUGAGUGGCUUCCUAAGUUGAGACAAAUGAAAGUACCCAAGAAAGCCCAGCAAUCGACAUCAUCAACGCUGGCAUCGUUACUCCAAGAGAGCUUCAUGAAGAGGGCAAAGCUGGAGGGGGAUGGGAAGAUGAAGAAGGACAUCUUGGAGAGAGCGCCCUCUAUCGGACAAGAUGAAAUUCUUCCCAUCAUACAACAGUGCCUACUCUAUGUGGGAUCAUGCAUCAAAGCGGAGGGCUUCCACCACGCUGCACAAUUCUAUACUGAAGUCUUCAUGGCUGUACUUCAUCAAGGAAGAGUGAUGUCAAGAUCUUCAAAAGAUGUGUUGCAGGGGGGAAAAGAACACAGUGACACAUCACAGGAACAGAAUGAUGCCAUGGAUAUCCAGACAGACCAGAAGGAUGCUGGCAGUGAGCAGGACUGUGAUUGGCUCAAGCUGAGUAACGUGAUCCUGAGGCAUCCAAUCGUAUGUGGAUUAAGAUAUGAUCCAUUUACAGAGAGGGUCGGAGAGAUGUUGGCCGUGUUGAAGGAGUUCAUCCCGCAGGUUGAACUUGAGAGAGAACUGAGUGUACUAGUCGGAGCUGCUGAACGUGAGCUAAGAACUUUGCUGGAGCCUUCGAUGCCAUCUGAGAAUGAGGAGCAUUCUGGAGUCAUCGCUGGUCUUCUGGUUGGUCUCAAAGGCUACAUCCCUCCAGGAAGAUGUCUCCGUAUCCUCAGGGAAGUCUUGUCCUUCAUGAAGGAGGAACUUGUCAAUGGUAAUGGUAACAGAGCCAGAAGUUGUGGAUUUGAAUCCAGAGGUCUUCUGUCUCUAGUGGGUGAAUACAUGCAUAGAGAGUCAAUUUCAAAUCACAGCAAGGGCACACUCUCCAAGGAAACUGCUGCAGCUGUCAACGAUGUGCCAUAUAAAGAUACCACAGGGUCAAACUGUUUGAACAUUGCAGAUGUCCAGGAUGUCUUGACCAUAGCAGUGGAGGGGAAGUCAUGGACCUUGUUCAAUUCCAUUGGUCGACUCUUAAAGGAACACCCUCAUUUGGUACCCUCAGAGUCUGACGUAAAGGGAGCCCUCUCUGUCUGCUUGGUAGCUUCAAAACAGCAGCAUAAAGAGAUGGGAGAUGACAUCAUCCCGAUCCUUGUCAGAACCGAUCCUUGCCAAUUUGAGGAGUGGAUCAUGGGCAGCACCAAGAAGAAACUGAAAGCAGGAAACCUAGCUGAUUUGUAUCCAUCGAUAGCAGCUUAUCUAUACGCCCCAGGAGAAGGGGAUAAGCGAGGUCUCCGAUGCAGGAAGCAGCUCCAGAAGCUAUGCUGGACCACUCUGGUGGAUGAUAUCAUACAAGAUGAAGGCAACCAAAGAGACAUUGUCAAAGAAGAUGCCGUGUCAAGAGGUGGAGCACCUGGUGUCUCUUCUUCCCGAGUGCUGUGUCUCCUCUUACCGAAUGCCACACAGAAGGAGUUGAAAGGGUUGUUUGAUGCGAUGGUGGAUCUCCCAACAUCUCUCAAUAAGUCGUUGAAUAAGUCCCAACUGGAGGUUUUCAAAGAAGUCACAGAGAUUAUGCUGAAACAAGAUGUGGUGGAGACGAAAAACAUAAUGCAACAGAGAGCUCUUGCUACCAUUCUUCAGAGUCUGGUCCAUGAAUUCAAGGGUUCAGCAAAGAACCAAGACCAGCUCCAGGAUCUAUUUGUUCCGAUUAAAUAUAUGCUUGAGCACCUGAAAGAUUUCCAGUAUGACCGUGACCUUGCUGUGACCUGGAAGCAGUUUGUGACCUCGGGAUUGAAGUCCCAGUAUCAAAACCCUGCAUUUCUGGAUCUCCUGACCCAGCUCAUUGAGCUAGUCUACUCUGCCAGUCACUCAGGCAGAAAGUUCAUGCCAUUGAGCAAGCUCUACCAUGCAGUGGUUGGGCAUUCUAAGUUUCUUCCAACCAUGCUGGGGUCUGGCCAGGAGUCUACUGAUGUACCAUUAGAAGUGAAAGGUGCUUUGGUGAGACUACUUCUAGCAGUGUCGCAGAGAGAACCGACCUGCUGUAAUACUGUCCACUUUACCAUUCUCCUGGGUGCUUACAGUGCAAUGAGGACAGUUUGUGAUAGGGGACUACUUUCUCUGAUGCACAUCUAUGAGAAGAACAAUGCUCAUAUGUGGGAGUACAGGCCUUACAUAUGGGGCAAGGAAGCAGUGACACAGCAUUCAGCCAGGAAAGCACUGGGAAGGACACUCUGGAAACAGCCCAGUGUGGAAGACGUCCUGAAGCUUCUAGAUGCCAAGGCCCUCUAUGAUUCUAUGCUGAAGUUCCCCCUGGAUCAACCACUACAUCCUGAUGUGACAGAGGUUUCUUCCAGAGAAGAUAUUGAGAUACAAGCAGAGUUGUAUGAUCCUAGAUUCCUGCUGCCUCUUUUCAGUCACCUCCUUCAACCAGAGAAUCUUGUGCCUUGCCAGACCUUUGUGGAGUCCAAUGCCCUUGGCUUUGUGCUAGCCUCUUUGUCCAGUCACCAUGACGAUGUGAGACGAGCAGGGUAUCACGUUCUGUCUUGCUUCAUCCAGCAUCUAGAGGGCGCUAGAUUCAGAGGAAGGAGAGAGAUUGCCUUCAUCCUGGAGAUCUUACGGAACUCGGUGUCCUCCCCGACCCAGUACAUCCCGCCCCUCCUGACGGUGUUCUUGGCUCGGUCCAUCCAGCAGAUGCUACAGCCAGAGAGCUCUCUCUAUCCCAUCCUCAUCUCAUAUCUCAUGUUCAAGCCUCAGCUCAACCUCAACAAGGUCCCGCUCUUCCCAAGACUCUUUGUGGGAGCUGAAAUGCAGCACAAGAUUGAGAAGACUUGGUUCCUGUCCCUCCUGACGGAUGGUCUGCGUGGUCCAGCUGAUUUCAAGCUCUGUGCCAAGUCUAAUGUGUUCCAAACCCUUCUGGCUUUCUAUGCAUCACCUCUCUGUGAAAAGGCUAUAGGGGACCCGAUCAUUGGUGUGUUGGUGAAGGCUUGUGAGAUUCCAGAGGGCGCUGUACAACUUGUCAAGCGACGCAACAUUCUGAUCUGGAUUCAAGCCCAGAAGCAUGCUAGUGCUGUAGAUGGUAUGGACAAAGUGCUUCAUGCAUUGGAGAAGAGCUUGAUCAACCAGGACAGCGAAUCAAAGGAGAUUGAAGAAGCUCUUGAUCACAUCAAGUUACUGAAGUGCCACUGAAUACAUGGAUAUACAAGCAAUAUCCAUGCUGUAAAGGUGUUGUGGUCUAGUGGAUAAGUCACCUGGCUGCAGAUCACAAGGUAUGGGAUUCAAGGCCCGCCACGGCACUAAUGUC